UGGGGUAAGAAUACUCUCGGAGUUUAUCACAGUCAUCGAUUUUCCUUUGGACACAGACCCUGAUUUGGACUUACUUCAUCUUUGUAUUCGAAAGCAGGUCCAUUGCCAAGAUGAACGCACCCAUAUCACCAUUAUCGCCUAGAUUGGCAUCAACCACCGCGAAGUUUAGGAAUCGCAUCCCAACGCAGCUACGAAGAACCAUCCCAGUGUACCUCGUAUGCGUAUGCAUUUUUUUGGUCUUCCUCAACAUCGACCUCAUGCCAUCGGUGCCGAGUCCGAGCGGCAUGUUUAAACGAAGCUCGAUAUCACAGAAGCCUUCGUCAUCCGACUACUCAAGAGGCUUUCCAAGGAAGAUAUGGCAAACUUGGAAGAUUGACCCUUUCUCUUUUGAAGAACGAGAUACUGCGACGGCCAAGACGUGGACGAUGUUGAAUCCUAGCUUUAGAUACGAGGUACUUACGGACAACAAUGACAUGAACUACAUCGAACAGCAUUUUGGCCCCGAAGGAUUCAAUCGUAUGGAUAUUAUCGACUUGUAUCGAUCAGUUAAUGCAACGAUAAUUAAAGCGGACCUUCUGCGUUAUCUUGUUAUGUAUGCGGAAGGUGGUGUGUACGCUGAUAUUGACGUCGAAGCACUUCGGCCUGUGCAUCGAUUUAUCCCGGAGCGAUAUGAUGAAUCAGAAAUCGACAUGGUACUUGGGGUAGAAAUUGACCAGCCGCAAUAUAAGGACCACAAUAUCCUCGGCAGGAAAUCGCAAUCAUUUUGUCAGUGGACAUUCAUGGCAAAACCCCGACUUCCGGUGAUGCUGAGACUAGUAGAAAAGAUCGAAAGGUGGCUGACGGAUAUUGCCAAGAAACAAAAUGUACCGAUUGGCGAAGUGGUUCUAGACUUUGACGAAGUGAUAAGCGGUACAGGCCCAUCUGCAUUUACCGCUGCUAUAUUGGAAGACAUGAAUAGGCGGCGCGGCGAUGCUGCCAUCACUUGGGAUGAUUUCCAUAAUUUGGACGAGUCAAAAGCCGUCAGAGGUAUGCUGGUCUUAAAUGUCGAGGCAUUCGCCGCAGGACAAGGUCACUCGGACUCUGGCAACCAUAAUGCUAGAGGUGCACUCGUCAAACACCACUAUCAUGCUUCAAACUGGCCGAGUCGACAUCCUCGAUUUAACCACCCGAUAUAUGGGGAAGUGGAAAGAUGUAAUUGGAAUGCUGAGUGUGUUAGAAAAUGGGAUGAAGAUGUAGAAACAUUCGGACUUCUUCCACCGGAGGAACAGCAAAAGAGAAUCGAUGAGAAGAAUAUACAUUCGUAGCUACCUACCUAUACAUUAAUCGGGUACUAGAGCGAAGAAAGUCGGUUCUCGCGUCGGUAUGUUCAAUUGGAUGUCAAUUUUAUCGUGGUGCUAUUGGCGAAAUUGUGAAGAAUAGUUGAUUUAUGUAGCCAUUUCAAAACUACAUAUGUACGAAGAAAUUCCAACAAACCUGUUUACGUAAUCAAAUACAGGUAAACUCUAGGGCUACGUCAUUUAGGGGUUAGGUACCCACCCACGAUAA